CGGGUAGGCGGGAGUUUCACCACUGAAUAUUCAUACGCGCCUUCCUAAUACAUAUUAAUGAGUGGAAGAGACAAAGGAAGUGGCCAAUGUUUCCUUUCCACAUAUUUGGCACCCCUUUCUGUGGCAGUGACAGAUGGCUCUUCUUCUCCUUGCUCAGCGUGCUCAUGUUCGCCGCCGCCGGCGCCCCCCUCAGGAGCGAGUUUUCCGUGCCCGUACUGAGUUUCUAAAUCUACCAGAAGAGGUUAUUAUACAGCGUUACCGCCUGCAUCCUGCACUUAUCCGUGACUUGUGCCAUCUCUUGGAACAUGACCUGCAGCCAUCAACUGGGCGCUCCCAUGCUCUUCCUGUCUAUGUUAAAGUCACUGCAGCCCUGGACUUCUACACAUCUGGGACCUUUCAGACACCAGCUGGAGAUGCUGCAGGCAUCAGUCAGGCUAGUAUGUCCAGGUGUGUGACACAGGUCACUGAAGCCAUAGUACGACGGGCACACCGCUUUAUCCGUUUUCCAAGAGGCCGCAUACAACGUAGGGCAGCUGCCCGUGACUUUCACAGACUUCAUGGCUUCCCGGGGGCAGUUGGAGCUGUUGGAUGUACUCAUGUGGCCCUGAAGCCACCUUCUGAUCAUGAGAGUCGCUAUCGUAACCGCUGGCGAUACCACUCAAUGCACAUGCAGGCUGUAUGUGAUGCCCGUGGGGCACUAACACAUAUUGUAGCUGAGUACCCUGGAUCAGUAUCUGAAGAGGACAUACUAGUCCAGUCAAGUCUGGGACAUAUGUUCCAAAACCGAGGGCAAGAUGAUGACGACGCAUGGCUUAUAGGAGGCCGCUGUUAUACCCAGAAACCCUGGCUGAUGACACCAAUUGAAGACCCUCAAUCUCCAGCAGAGCUGCAGUACAAUGACUCGCACACAGCUGCCCUCAGUGUUUUAUCAGCUGCCUUUGGCUCGCUCAAAUCACGGUUCCGUUGUUUGAGCAGGCGUGGGGGUUCCUUACAGUACAGCCCACUCAAAGUCAGCCAAAUCUUUGUGGCUUGCUGCGUCCUUCAUAAUAUGGCUCUUAGUCAUGGCUUGGUGGUGCCAGUAGAAGAAAGGGAUGAAUGGAGUGAUGUGGAUGCUGCAGAAGAGGGCAGUGAAGAAGCUGAACAUGUAAGACAAGAACUAUUGAGGAAGCAUUUUAGCUCAAGGUAAAGAAGGAAGACCAGAUGUCUCUUGUACAACUCCUCUGGCUCAAUAUGGUUCGCUCCUAUGGGACAGCUAUGGCUCACCCAGCAGCGGCAGAAAGCAGCCCAUUUAGAGCUUGAAACCUUCACGUGCUAAAUCCAGCAGUUUCAUGUAAGGAUACGUAUCCACUUCAGCUUUUUAUCACACACUCCAUAAAAAUUACCCAACACCAUCAAAUGUGCUCUGACCUGAACCUGCAGAACAUUUUGUGUGCUUUAUUCACUUAUUAGAUUUCCAGAUAAAGGCCUUGUCAGCCUCUCUAUCAAGUACGAUGUUAUGACUUCUGACCUUUUAUUAAAUCCACAAAAAUGCCUGCAGUACAAAGCUCCAUGUUCCCCUUCUACCUGAAAAGCCACCAUCCACACAAAGCUGUGUAUAACCUCUUUCCUCAUUUUACUGAUGGACAGCUCAUUUUUUUUCUCGUACAAAAAAGCAUAAACUAAACAAGAAUUAAAAAAAAAAAA